AUGAGUACUAUGAAGUUUUGUCGCGAAUGUAAUAACAUUCUCUACCCAAAGGAAGACAAGGAGCAAUCGAUCCUCCUCUACGCGUGCCGUAACUGUGAUCACCAGGAAGCAGCGGACAACAACUGCGUGUACCGAAACGAGGUACAUCACUCUGUGAGUGAACAAACUCAGAUCCUAUCUGACGUUGCUUCUGAUCCAACUCUUCCCCGCACUAAGGCCGUGCGCUGUGCCAAGUGUCAACAUGGCGAAGCUGUCUUCUUCCAGGCCACGGCUAGAGGAGAAGAAGGAAUGACUCUGUUUUUCGUUUGCUGCAACCCAAAUUGUAGUCACCGUUGGAGAGAAUAA